ACGGCUACAUGGGGACCACACUAUUGUACUGUAAACCCAUCACCACACCCAUUCAUCAAUCCCUUUUUUGAGGAAAGCUAUUGUCUUUGUUGGAAAACACCAUAACCCUUUUCUGCAUUCACUUUCCCUCACAUUCCUACCAAACCAAACCUCCUUGUUAACAUGAUGAAGAACAACCUCAGUUGCGGUUUGUUGUACUUUCUCUUUUGUCUCCUGUUGCCACCUCUUGUUUUCUCUCACACACAUGGAAACCCUGCAACCGAAAUUGUCGACAUUUUGAACAAGAAUAGAACAGAUCAAAAGCUCCAUAACCUGAAUGACAGUCCUGGUUUAGGGUGCAUGGCCUUACAAUAUGUUGAACUAUGCAAAGGAAACUGCACUGAUAACAAUGUUGUCAACUGCAAACCUCCCGAAGAUGAUUUCGUUGAAGUUUUCGCUCCUAAUUGCGGUAUAGAGUUACCGACUUUCGGUACCAUAACUGGACACAUUGUUGGCUGUCAAAGAAAGUACCUUGAACCAUCAUUAGCAUUUUCUCAAAUUCUUAUUAAAGAUAAGAAAUCUUUGUCGCUUUUGAGAAACAAAUCACAUACUGAGGUUGGAGUAGGCCUUGUUGGACUUCAUAAAAAGGGACCUUUCUUUUGGUGUGUUUUGUUUACUGAUGGAAAGGCAAACUCUACAUUUGUGCUUGAAAAUCGCGGUGCCGGGAUAAAGCAGAAAAAAGGGUGUUAUAGUGGGAGCAAUACUCCAUGCAGUCGAGGGCAAAAACAUGGUGUUUCAUCUUCUAACUUCUUUUUCAUGUGCUAUGUUUUCAUUCUGUUAUUUAAACUUUUGUGAUCAAUUUAAACUACUAAUUCAAAAUCUUCACGUGACAAUUCUUAAGAUGUUUUUCUGUUCAUAUUUUGUGUUAUUUGUUUAUUAUUUAUUUACACUUACUGCUAUUCUGCUACUAGGAUUUGAUUUCUUUUCA